AUGUGCAAGACCAUCAUUGAAAAAAUGUGCAGAACCACUACUAAAGAAAUAAGCAAGACCAUUACUGAAAAAACAUACAAGACUACUACUGAAGAAAUGUGCAAGACCACUACUGAAAAAACGUGCAAGAUCACCACCAAAGAAAUAUGCAAGACUACUACCGAAGAAAUAAGAAAAUCUAACAGUGACACUAAUGAUGAUACCAAGAAGAAAAUCUAA